AUGGCGUUAACACGAUCAUUCAAAAGAUUCACCAAACCCUUCUUCCCCAAUCUUGCUCCGCUUUCAAAACCUUCAUCAAGUUCAAAUUUUGAACGUCAAUAUUCCAUCCAACUCCCCCAAAGCCCAUCUGGGUCUCUUAAAAAUCACACUUUCUCCUUUCAUACAUUAACUCAACCCAACCCAGAUGCUGAAAGAAUCUGCAAAAUCUUAUCCAACCGUCGUGAUUGCAGUGUUGACGUCUCUCUCGGCGAUGUUCCGGUGGAGAUGUCGCCGGAGCUGGUCGUUGAGGUAUUGAACAAGCUUAGCAACGCGGGUGUUCUCGCUCUUUCAUUCUUCCGUUGGGCUGAGAAGCAAAAAGGGUUCAAGCACAGCACUGAGAGCUUCCAUGCUUUGAUUGAGGCACUGGGUAAGAUCAGACAGUUCAAGAUGAUUUGGAAUUUGGUGGAUGACAUGAAGCGUCGAAAGUUGCUGACUACUGACACUUUUGCCUUCAUUGCUCGAAGGUAUGCAAGAGUUAGGAAAGUCAAAGAAGCAGUGGAGGCGUUUGAGAAGAUGGAACAGUAUGGUUUGAAGCCUCAAGUUUCGGAUUUCAAUAGGUUGAUUGAUGUUCUUUGCAAGUCCAAAUGUGUUGAGAAAGCACAAGAGGUGUUUGACAAAAUGAGGCACACAAGGUUGGUGCCUGAUGUCAAGUCCUACACCAUUUUGUUAGAAGGGUGGAGUCAGCAGCAAAACUUGUUGAGGGUGAAUGAGGUGUGUAGGGAGAUGAAGGAUGAGGGUUUUGAGCCUGAUGUUGUUACCUAUGGUAUAAUCAUCAAUGCUUAUUGUAAGGCUAAAAAAUAUGAUGAGGCCAUUGGGUUCUAUCAUGAGUUGCAAGCAAGGAAUAUGAGGCCUAGUCCCCAUAUAUAUUGUACUUUGAUUAAUGGUUUGGGUUCUGAUAAGAGAUUGGAUGAAGCUCUUGAAUUCUUUGAAAAAUCCAAGGCUAGUGGUUUUGCUCCAGAAACACCUACUUAUAAUGCUCUUGUUGGGGCAUACUGCUGGUCAAUGCAAAUGGAUGAUGCGUGUCGGGUGGUUGGUGAGAUGAAAACAUGUGGGAUUGGUCCAAAUUCUCGAACAUAUGACAUAAUUCUACAUCACCUGAUAAAGGCUCGAAGAACUGAAGAAGCUUACUCGGUUUUCCAAAGAAUGAGUAGAGAGUUGAGGUGUGAGCCAACUGUAAGCACGUAUGAGAUAAUGGUGAGGAUGUUUUGUAAUGAAGGGCGAUUGGAUAUGGCAAUGGCAGUUUGGGAUCAGAUGAAAGCCAAGGGAAUCCUUCCUGGAAUGCAUAUGUUCUCCAGGUUAAUCAGUGACUUGUGCCAUGAAAGUAAGUUGCAUGAAGCUUGUAAAUACUUUCAACAGAUGUUGGAUGUGGGCAUUCGACCACCUGCCCAAAUGUUUAGUACCUUUAAGCAAGCUCUGAUUGAUGAGGGGAUGGAGAAUACUGCGAUAUAUUUCGCUCUGAAAAUUGAUAAACUGAGGAAAACUCCAUUAAUUGCUUGAUACACGGUAUAAUUGAUAUAUCCCAGGGGUAAUUCAUAUGGGUAAUUCAUAUGGGAUACUCAUGGUCCACAUAGCCAUGUGUAUAUCUAAACUAUCCAUUGAGUCUUUAUUAGGAAGCAUAUUUAUAGGCCAUAACAGCUUUAGUGGGUACUUAAACCCUUCCUAUAAUUUAUGGGAAGGAGGUUGCUCCUGCAAGUGAAGGAAGCUUUAGAGGUCACUUCUCUACAUUUGGUCUACUACCUUAAACUUCUUUUUUUAUCUUUGACGGCAUCCAUCAUUAGAUUCUUUCUGUUUAAUUCUACCAAGCCAUGUUCUCUAAUACCUUGAAAGUUGUAUAAUCAAGACAUCAACUCUUUUUAUAUUUUUUUGGUAGUC